UGUCAAACAGGUGAUGUAACUAAAAAACAAAACAAUUCUUGUAUUAUUAUUUCUAACGUUACGGUAAGCUCAGACGCGUUCAUUUAAAAUUAAACAUGUUAAUUAUACGCCAAUGGCGUCAGCUAAAUGGAGCAACUCCAUCAACGUCCAGGAAUUGGUUAUGUCUACAAACCGGUGAACAAUACACAAGAGCUAAACAAUGCAGACAACACCGGCAAAUGGCCACCAGUGUCGGUGCCGCAGAUGCUAAGGCCAGUAUAGAAAUCGAUGGAAAAAUGUAUCCAACAGACGAUUGGACAAAUGUCACGCCAAAAAUAUUAUCCUAUUUGGGUGUAAACAAACAUUUGCAGCGCAACCAUCCGCUUUCAAUUAUACGUCAACGCAUUAUUAAUUAUUUCUACGCCUGCUACAGAAACUCACGCGGUAAUCCAUUAUUUUCGGUUUAUGAUAAGUUAAGUCCUAUUGUGACAGUGGAGCAAAACUUUGAUAAUUUACUAUUUCCCGCCGAUCAUGUAAGUCGUAAUAAGUCAGAUUGCUAUUACAUUAACCAAAAUCAAAUAUUGCGUGCCCACACCACCGCACAUCAAGCAGACCUAAUUGCUUGCGGUCUAGAUAAUUUUCUGGUAACUGGUGAAGUGUACCGACGUGAUGAAAUUGACUGCACCCAUUAUCCUGUGUUCCACCAAUUAGAUGCAGUGCGAUUGGUUACGAAGGACACACUUUUUGGUCGUAAUCUAGAUUUGGAAAUUUUUGAAAAUGAUUGGCAAUUCAAAUUAAAAGAUGCUCCAAAGCCUGAAACAUCUUCAAAAUGCUUGGAUCAAACGAAACAAAUGUGCCAUACACUUGAAGCAGUUAAAUUGAUGGAACACGAAAUGAAGGAUGUGCUGGUGGGGCUAGCACGCGAUUUGUUUGGUGCACAAUUGGAAUAUCGCUGGGUGGACACAUAUUUUCCCUUUACACAACCUUCCUGGGAGUUGGAAGUACUUUAUAAUGAUAAAUGGCUAGAGGUACUUGGAUGUGGUAUUAUGCGUCACGAGAUUCUUCAAAGAUCAGGCGCUCACAAUAAUAUAGGCUAUGCUUUCGGUUUGGGUUUAGAGCGUUUGGCAAUGGUGCUCUUCGAUAUACCUGAUAUAAGGCUAUUUUGGUCAAAUGAUAGUGGAUUUCUUAAACAAUUCAAUGAAGACAAUUUGCAUAAACUACCUAAAUACAAACCCAUCUCCGUUUACCCGCAGUGCAGCAAUGAUCUUUCAUUCUGGUUGCCUCUAGGCGUAGAUGUGGAUGCUGGUUUUGCUUGUAAUGAUUUUUACGAUCUUGUGCGUUCAGUGGCCGGUGAUGUGGUGGAACAAAUUAGCUUGGUAGAUCGCUUUAAGAAUCGUAAAACAAACAAAUCUAGCGUAUGUUUCCGUAUAGUCUACAGGCAUAUGGAGCGCACCUUGACGCAAGCAGAGGUCAAUGAGAUACACAAAAGCAUAGCUGAUGGUUGUGUGGAAACCUUUAAAGCAGAAAUUCGAUGAAAUGCAAAUGGUUUUGUAAAUAAACUAUUUAAUAUUAUUUGAAAACAAA